AUGCACGCUGACGUGCGGUUCGCCCGCCUACUGGCCCUCUUGGCCCUCGCAGUGAACCUGGUGAAUGCCUUCUACAUCCCAGGCUGGUCCAUUAAGAGCUACGCCGACGGCGAGACCAUUCCUCUUUUCGUAAACAAAGUCUAUUCCGACAAUACCCAGCUGCAGUACGCCUAUGCCGAGCUCCCAUUCGUCUGCCCGCCCACUGGCCGCCGCUCUCCCGGUUCCAGCGGCGCCACGCUGUCCCUGAAUCUCGGCGAAAUUCUUCGCGGCGAUCGCAUAAUCUUGUCCGACUAUGAGCUUAUCAUGGGCGUGGACGAGGAGGCGCGAUACCUGUGCAGUACCAAGGUCGACAGGCGCGGCCUAGAAAAGGCCAAGGAAAUCGUCAAGGAUGGCUACGUCGCCGAGUGGAUUGUGGACAACAUGCCUGGUGCGACCAGCUUUGUCACCACCGACAAGUCGCGCAAGUACUAUGCUGCUGGAUUCAAGAUGGGCUAUGAGGACUUCGACCCCGCCACUGGCAAACCCCGCUUUUACAUCAACAAUCACGUUACCCUCGUUAUCCGUUACCGCCCCGCUCCUGGUCGCGACGGCGAGCACGGGAAGAAGGUCGUCGUUGGCUUCGAAGUCUACACCAAGAGCAUUGAGGCCGACAACCGUGACAAGAAUGGAAUUCCCAAGGAUCUCCAAAACUCCGAAAACGGCCUCGAGCUGCGCAUACAGCCGAACAUCACCGACCUGCAGUCCAGAUAUGCAGACUCGUCGUACGUACCGGACGAGGAGAGUAUCGAUGAUGAUGCCACGUUGACGAUUCCGUACACCUACUCGGUCUAUUUCCGCGAAGAUGACCACGUGGAGUGGCAGAACCGGUGGGACAUGUACUUCGUGAACCAGGAAGACAGCUCCAAGAUCCACUGGAUUGCCAUCGUCAACUCUCUUCUGAUUUCUGCCAUUCUGACGGCUGCAGUCGCUGUCAUUUUCACCAGGACCGUUCGUGGUGACAUCAAGGGUACGAGUGACAUCGAGAAACCCAAGAUUCCGCGUCCGAAGAACUCCAAGUCUCCCAAGAAGAGCGCUGAAAAAGGUGGCCUCUUGGAGCAGCUGGACGAUGAUGGUGAUGCUGAUGUUUCGUCUGAUGAGGAGCCGCUGGAAGACAUCACGGGCUGGAAACUUCUUCAUGGCGAUGUCUUCCGCGCCCCGGCAUAUGGAGGCUUGUUGGCUCCUCUUGUGGGCUCCGGCUCGCAACUGGUGUUCAUGACGACAGGAUUACUCAUACUGAGCGCUGUCGGCGUCCUUAACCCUAGUUUCCGUGGUGGUUUCAUCAGUGUUGGCCUAGCCCUCUUCAUACUCGCUGGUGUCUUUUCCGGCUAUUUCUCUGCGAGAGUCUACAAGACCUUUGGCGGACAGCGCUGGCAGAAGAACGUCGUGGUGACUGGCACACUCAUCCCAGGCCUUAUCUUCGCCACCGUCUUCAUUCUCAACCUCUUCGUGUGGGCCCAAGCGUCCAGCACUGCGAUCCCUUUCGGCACGCUGAUCGCGCUGCUGAUCCUGUGGUUGCUGGUUCAGCUUCCACUUGUUUACGUUGGAAGUUGGUAUGGCUUCGAAAAGGUCGGCGCAUGGACUCAUCCAGUGAAGACGAACGCGAUCCCCCGCCAGAUUCCUGCCCAGCCCUGGUAUACAAAGGGCACUCAGUUCAUCCUCCUUGCCGGUCUGCUUCCAUUCGCCGUCAUCUUCAUCGAACUGCUGUUCGUUUUCAGGAGCGUUUGGCAAGACAAGAGCGGCUACUACUACGUCUUUGGGUUUUUGGCCGCUGUUUGCCUGAUCCUGUUCAUCACCGUGAUUGAGGUUACAAUCAUUGCAACGUACAACCAGUUGUGCUCGGAGAACUACCACUGGUGGUGGCAAUCUUUCUUCGUAGGCGGCGGUUCGGCCCUCUGGGUUUUCCUGGCCUGCACGUGGUAUUACUUUUUCAAGCUUCGCAUCACGGGAUUCGUUUCCAGCAUGCUGUUCUUCUCUUACAGCUUCCUCGCCUGUCUCGUAUACGGCCUCCUCACAGGUACAAUUGGUUUCCUUGCUGCGUACGCGUUCGUACGCAGGAUCUACGGAGCUAUAAAGGCAGACUAA